GGAAGCGGCCGCUGCGGUUUGAAUUCCAGCGGAGCCGCCAAAGCCGCGCACAAAGGGGCCGCAGCUCUGCCCUCCCCGCGGGCCGGCCCCGCCAUGGACUCGCUGCCGGGGGAGGACGUGACGCUGCCGUUCGGGAGCAGCGCGUCCCAGCUGCCGGACUUCUCCCGCGGGGACCCGCAGCCUGGCCCGGCCGGCGGUGAAGUGUUACCAGAUGUGGCAGUAGAUACAGUCUCACCAACAAGAGCUCGGACCAUGAAGGACUAUGAAAAUCAAAUCACUGAUCUGAAAAAAGAGAACUUCAACCUGAAGCUUCGCAUAUACUUUCUGGAGGAGAGAAUGCAGCAGAAAUUUGAUGGUCCCACUGAGGAAAUACACAGAAUCAACAUUGAGCUGAAAGUUGAGAUAGAAAGUCUGAAGCGGGAGCUGCAGGAGAGAGAGAAACUGCUCAUCAAAGCUUCUAAAGCAGUUGAAAGCUUGGCCCAGGGUGGUGAUGCUGAAAUACGGCGUGUGAAAGAAGAGGCACAAAAGAAGAUGCAAGAAAUAGAAGAAAUCCUGACCAGAAGAAUAAGCUUCCUGGAAGAGAAUCUUAAAGCUGCCCAAGAAGAUGUGGAAAAAGCUAUUGCAAUGAGAGAGAAGGAGAAAACUCUGAGAACAGCUGCUGAGCAGAAACUUUCUUCAAUUAUGAAUGCCCCUGCAAAGGACUUGGGUAUGAUCACAGGAGCUGAGAAAGACAGACUUAUAGAGCAACUGAAUCUGUCAUUGAAAAGUAAAGAGGCUAUAAUUCAACACCUUGAAGAGGAAAAAUCUCAGAGUGGAUCUUAUGAUGGGAACUUACCAGCAGAAAAAAUCAGAGAACUUACCAUUGCUUUGAGGCAUGAAAAAGAUAGUGAGAUAGAGGCCAUUAGGAUGGAGUUUAAAAAUGAGAGAAAUGCCUUUGAAAAAAAAAUUCAUUCACUUCAAGAAGAGCUACAAGAGAGAGAAAAUGAGCUUGCUGUUGAAAAGAAGAACAGUUUGAAAAGGGAUAAAACCAUUCAAGGCCUAACUCUGGCAUUGAAAGCGAAGGAAAAAGAGAAUGAGGAGCUUGGUUCUGAGAUUGAAGAUCUAAAUGCUUCAUUGGCUAAAGCAAGAGAGGCAACUCACAAAGCACAUAUCCAAAAAUUCAAGGGUGCUGAGGAUUAUCAAGCUCUCUUGAUGGAAAAAGAGACUCUCUUGGCAGAGCUGCGUUCAGAAAACCUUACAAAGGAUGCUGAGAAUCGGAGGCUGCAAAGGAGGAUUAAAAGGACCGAUCAAGAGCUAAACGAUUUGAAUUUGGAAAGAGAGAAAAUGGAGAAGGAGCUGGAUGAAGCACAGCUACAGAAAAGCAGAAGUGACAAAACCAUUAAUGACCUUAGAAAUCAACUGGAGAAAUUACAUGGUGAAAUGACUGAGAAAGAAAAAGCAGUUGAACAUCAUUACAAAAUUCUUUUGAGUGAAAGCAACCAGAAGUUGCAGAGCCAAGAACUAGUUAUCAAGCGGCUGACAGACAGUGUCAGUCAAAAGGAUCUGCUGCUGCAGAAACUUGAUGGAACAGUUAAAGAAAAGGAUGCAGAAUUGCAGGAGCUCCUGAAUAAGUACAAGAACCUUCUAAGAGCUAAUGAAGAACUUGAACUGAAAAAUGAAGGUUUAGUAAAGGAAAAAUGUGCUGUGCAGUCUCAACAAUCAAUCAUCAAGAUAGCCAGAGAGUUAGAGGAAAAUAAAGAAGCUGAAUAUGAAAAGCUGAUCCUUGCUUUAAGAAAAGAACAAAAUAUUUAUUCUACACUAGUGAAGACCUUCAAAGAAUCAGACAGCAUAAACAGUUUGCAAACAGAACUAAACAGCAUUUUCAUGUUGCGAAAACAACUAGAAGAAGAUGUUUUAGCCAACCGGAAGCUGCAGAAGGUCUUAGAAGGUCAGAUUAAGGACAUUAAAAACCAACAAGAUGAAACACUCUCUUUCUGUGGAGAUCAAACAUCUUAUAUGAGUAUCUGUUUAGGAGAGCAGGAUCAUUCAGGCCUACAGAUAGACCAUCUGUCUCUUGAAGAACUGAAGAAAAAGGUCACUGAUCUUCUCUUGAUGGUUAAAGAUCUGCAGUCAGUCAAUCAAGAACUUAAGAAGAAACACCUUGGACUUUGUACAACAGAUUCUCAAGAGAGGGAGGCACUAAAAAUAAUAAACCAGAGUGAGUGUCUUGCAAUAACAGAGGAGCCUGUGAUGCAGACUGAAGGUGGUGACAGUGACAGGAAGAUGCAGAAGAGUCAGUUUCCUGAGAGGGUCAGUCAGGUGUGCCUUCAGGUGUCUUUGGAUUUCCCUUCUGAGCUGGGUAAGCAGAUAACUCCAUCAGGCUGUCCAGAGGGUUUCUGCAAAGACAGGCAUCAUUGGAGCCCAAAGAAGCCUCAGUUUGAACAAGAUACAAAUGACAAACAAUUGGGCAGAACAGGAGGGUGUGAGCAUGAAACAGAAGAGAAGUUGCUCAAAUCUCUUUUGAGAGAAAACAGAACAUCUGUACUGGCAUCUAGCAGAGAAGAACAAAUGAAAAUUGUAAAUGAACUGUUAGAUCACCUGAACACAACUGAGGAAGAAUGUUCAAGUGAAGAUAUAGAGAAAAAAGAUGAAAAAGAUCUUAGGCAAAUGAUCAUUCAACUAAGAGCUGAACUCAAACAUUUCAAGCAGGUCAAUAAAUUCUUAAAGCAGCAAGUAGAACUGAAAUCAACUUCUGUUGGGAAAGAGAAGCUUUAUCCAGCUGGAAUGCCACAGAUUAAUAAGGAUAUUGAGUUGUUGAAUGUGGAUUUGAAAGAUGCAGCUACACAAACAAUAACUUUAGAGGGUAAUGUCAUGAGAUUCAAACAUGAAGGCAAAGAGGGAGCCUCAGAAGGAAGAAACAGAUAUUCAACAUUAAAUGCAGAAAGAGAACAUCAGCAAGAAAAUGUGAAUAAGGGUGAACAGCAUGAAAGACUUUUUUUUACAAGGAGAACAGAUGAAACAGAUUCCACUCACCAGCCCAAGAAGUCUUGUCUGCCUGUUCCCUUAAAAUCCCGCAGACCGUUGGGAAAGGUGCCUUGGAAGUCCUGUGUGCAGGAGUCAGAUUCCAGACUACAGCAUCAUGCCAGGGAACCUGAUGAGGGUCUGAAAGGGUGUGAAGCACAAACCAAACCAUUUCAGCCACAGACAAAUGGAGAGUUGUUGGAUGAAUCUGUACCUGAUCACCCUCAAGAAGAGCCUGUGCAGGAAAGCACAUCAGUGAGAGUUGACUCUUUGCUCAAACUGGGUAAUAGUGAGGUCCAGGUGGAGUUGCAAGGUGUUGGUCCAGGUACAGGGGGCAAGAAUGAAUAUGAGAUGGACAAAAACCAGCAAAACUGUGAAGAAAUGCAAAAUCAUCGUAACAUUAGCAACGUGAAUAUCCAGCCUUCAUUAAAAGAGAUAAAUGAAGAGUUUUAUUCCAUGGAACACGAGGACAUUGACUCAGCCACCCUAUAUUCAGGUUCCAAAUGCCUGUGUUCUCUCAAAUUGAAUGUAACAAGUACAGAUGCACUUGAUGACUGUGAAGUCCCAAAUGAUCUCGAGGAACUGAAACAAAGAAUUAAGAAUAUGAAGUCUGAGCUUGAAAAGUACAAGAUGUUCGUGUUUCAUUUGCAGACCUCUGACCAGCUUUUGUUGAGUGGUGUUUCCAAUCUGGUUUUGAGUGACACAGCCUUGCCCAGGGAAGGACACGUAACACAAGUGCAGGACACAGCUUUGCAAGAAAUCAAAACACUUUCUGGUGUCCAUCAGCUGAUGGAUACCGAGAUUCACAGUGAAAAUAGGGAUUCAGAGUCUUCAAAAGCAGCUGAUAUAUUGACAGCACAAAACCUUAAGGAGCUACUCUCAGCAAAUGAGGCAGAACUUGAGAAAGAGCAAAUGGCAAAUGUGCAUCUUGAUGAAGUGCAUCAUCUUGAGAAGAAACUGAGAGGAGCAUCCCCAUCCAGAUAUGAUUCAUUAGUACAUUCACAAGCUGGAGAACUGUCCUUUCAACGCCAACAAAUUAAAGAGACCCACAGUGGUUGUGUCUCCUACCACCAACAUCUGACAAGCCUUAUUAAAGCUUUUGAGGAGCUGCUUCAAGCCAGUGAUGUAGAUUAUUAUGUUGCUGAAGGCUUCCGUGAACAACUGAAUCAAAGUGUCCUAUUGUUUGAGAAGCUAGAAAGAAAAUUCCUGGAUGGAGAAUCAUUAGGUACAGAAGUUACUAUCCUGUAUGAAUUUCAAAGGGAUAAUGAGAAGAACACCACAAUGUACCAGCAGCUGAAGGAUGAAUCACCUGUACCAUCUGCUCUUCAUAGCUUGUCUGACUUUGAUUUGUCAGAAAAGUCAUCUCUGGGAUCACCUGAGCACAGGCAUGACCUCGAAGGACCCCAGGGCACCCUGGCACUGCUGCCAAACAAGUUUCCCCCAGAGUUAUUAAUGGAACAUCUGCAAGAAAUCCGAAUCCUGAGACAACGUCUGGAGCGCUCCAUAAAAACUAAUGAGAGGCUGAGGAAGCAGCUUGAGAGACAAGCAACAGACAAGGAGCUAGAUCAAGGUUCUGCAAACAUUUUUAUCCAUGGCUCAGAGCAGCAUAAUUCCCUGACUUCUGAAAUACAUUUCCUGAGGAAGCAAAAUCAAGUUCUGAAUGCAAUGCUGGCAAAAGGAUCCAGAGAUAAACAAAAGGAAAAUGAAAAGCUAAGAGAAUCUCUUUCUAAAAAGAAUGCAAUCAUUGAGCAUCUCCAUGAGGAUUAUGAAUGCAUCAAGAAAGAAAAUGAAAGGUUGCAAAAACAAAUUGGCCAAAAGGAGGAUGAAACCAGAUAUCUGACAUGUCAGAUUUACAGCAGUCGUAAUGAAUUAAACAGGUUGCAAACAGAAAUUAAUGUAAAGCAACAUCAGCUCUCUGAGAACGAGAAGUUACUGCAGUCGCUCCGCACCGAGAUCAAGGUUUAUGAGAAGCUGGAAGAAGCAAGAAGGAAGAAGACAGAUCCCAGAUGUGAUGCAUCAGAAGAAUUCCGAAAAGAUCAGAAUAAUCCACUUGACUUACAUGAACUGUUGACUGAAAUCCAGAGCCUGCGAGUGCAGCUUGAAAGAAGCACAGAGACAAACAAAUCUUUGCAUGAAAAAUUAGAGGAACAGCUUUCAAAAGAAAAGAGAGAGGAAGUGAGAGCAGUUUCAGCUGUGAAUACCAACUAUCUUUUCAAACAAGGAUCUCAGCAUUAUGCAGGAAUGAACGGUACUCACUCAGCCUGUAAAGAUGAUUUAGACAGCACCUCUCAGUGCAGCAGCAGCUCCUCCUCUUCCAGCAGGACGUGCACCCCUCGCCUGGUGCCCGGCCAUCGGAUGUGGGCUGACAGGAACGGGCGCCACGUUCUUGGCCUGAUCGAGGAUUACGACGCUCUGAGGAAACAGAUUUCAGAGGGACAGCUGGUCUUGGCAGAGAUGGAGAUUCCUUUGGGAGAGGUCACUGGUACGAAGCUGCAGGAGCCUGGAAUCAAGGUACCAGACCAGGCAUCCCUCUCCCUGCGUAGCUUUUCUGCAAAUAUCCACACAGUGCAGCAGAUUUUAGAGGAGGCUGCACGUUUACUGAAACUGCUCUGGAGAGUUUCCCUCCCACUGAAAGCUGCACAUGGUACUUCUCAUGGCUCUCAGGAUGAAGGAAUGAAAGCAGAAAUAUUUCGAUUACGUAGGAAACUGUCCGAGCAGGAGAAGAAGCUGCACAGCACAGUGAAAUGCCUGCACUCCACGAACCAGCUGAAGGAAAACAUGGAGAAAGUCAUCAUUGACCAGUUGGUUUUAACUCAUGAUGUCUUGAAGAAGGCAAGAGGAAACCUGGAAGUAAGUAAAAUCUUUGCUUGCAUUUCAUGCCUUGGUGUAAACUCACUAGAAAUAUGCAUUGCUGGGUCAGUAGCAUUUUGCAGCAUUAGUCUGAGUUGCUCUAGGUUUGCCACUUAUUCAGGUCAGGGUGGCAGCAGUUUAGUAUGAUACAUAUUCUGCAACACUUAAUGUUUAAAUUAGAGUUUUUUUGACUGACCACCAAAGCAGCUACAGCCUCUCCUUUCUGAUGCUGUCCCUGGAUUAAUAUUCAUGUCUGUCAUCUUCUUCCAGCAGUUUAUUUCCCACAGAGCACAGGCCAAUAACUUGACUACUGACUAAGUUCACAAAAGACACCCUUAUUUAAAGGGUGCUGUAUGUGUUAAUAACUGGUGCUGUUUUUUAAAAAAUGUAGAACCCAACAGGCAAAGCUUUUGCAAACAGCUCUUUGCUCACACAGUGUAUUAAAUUAGUUUGAGUGUUUAAGUAGUCACUGCUCAGAUUUGAUUUCUCCCAGAAGGUUCAGCCUAGACUCCCAGACGGAUGUAACCUGCUUCUUGGCUCCUAAAUCCCAGCCUUCUCCUCACUCCUCUCUGAAGGACUGUACAGUCCCCAGGCCCUCCUUAAAUUUUCUUCUAACCUUUUCCAUGAAUCUCUGCUCCCCUGCCCUCCCCAUCAGGGCCUUCCUGAGCCCCACGCAGCUGCUCUGUUGUCUCAGCCCUACCUGAGGUAGAAGUGAUGAUAUGAAGAAAUCUUCCUGCUUACAGAAGUUUGAUCAAUUCCAUUUGAAGAUGUGCUGAGUGCAGAAGCCUGUAUUUGCAGAUCCUUUUGCAGCACUGUGGCCCAGGGACAAACUGUCUGCAUUUGAAGUACAGUAGAACAGUUACAAUUAUUGCUUUUCUAACCAGGUCCCAGCAGCUGAGAAUAAAAAAUCACCUUCCUAUGCCAGCAAGAAGAGGAUUCUCUGAAGGAGAAAGUUCCACUAGUAAAUGGUCGUGUGAUUUGCUUCUUUAUGCCUUACUAUUUAUUGAUGUAAAAAUGUUUAACUCUUUUGAUGGACUCAAUCUUUGACAAAAAAAAAAAAAAAGGUAAGACAAAAGAGAAAGCUUUUGGUAAAUAACUUAUUUAACAUUUUCUGUAAUGUUAAAGAGGGUUUUUAAUAUUUAUUACAGAAGCAAAGGUACUCCAGGUACUGAAGAAAAAUCCAGAUUUUUCUUUUUUUUUUUAAAGUUAGCUCAUUGGAAAUUUUAUAUUUGUACUUGUCAUGUGAUAAAACUAUUUGUUGUUAUAGUCAAACAGGUCCUGAAAGAAUCAAGAAUGUGAUUCACCUCCCAGACUGUAUUUCUACUGCUGAAAGAAUAUAGGUUAAAAAAAAAAAAAGAACUGUACCAGUUGACAGAGUUUUGUAGCUGUGAGAGAUGUUCAAUAUUUCAAAGCAUUUUAAGUAUAUCUGAAAGAUUCUUCUGGAAGCUGCCUGAUGCUGAGCUUUCUUGUUGCCCUGUUAGAAACUGGAGAUUGAUGCUAGGUCUGAAAGUAUUACUUAGACAAUUAAAAUGAAAAAUACUCACAA